AGUCGGCCAUUUCGACCGAGCGGCCGAAUAGCAGCUAAAGGAGCGGAGGGGUAGCGCAGCGAAGGCCGGGCACGCGGACAUCAACCUCGGGGGGAAGCAAGCCAACCGCACAGCAUCAUGAGUGAGACCGCCGUCUCGUUCGCCAAGGACUUCUUGGCAGGAGGAAUCGCCGCUGCGAUUUCCAAGACAGCUGUUGCUCCCAUUGAGAGAGUGAAGCUGCUCCUUCAGGUCCAGCAUGCCAGCAAGCAGAUCACAGCCGACAAGCAGUACAAAGGCAUCAUGGACUGUGUGGUCCGCAUCCCCAAGGAGCAGGGUUUCCUGUCCUUCUGGAGGGGUAACCUGGCCAAUGUCAUCAGGUACUUCCCCACACAGGCCCUCAACUUUGCCUUCAAGGACAAGUACAAGAAGAUCUUCCUUGAUGGAGUCGACAAGCGCAAGCAGUUCUGGAGGUACUUUGCCGGUAACCUUGCAUCUGGUGGUGCUGCUGGAGCCACAUCCCUCUGCUUCGUGUACCCCCUUGACUUCGCCCGAACCCGUCUGGCUGCUGACGUCGGCAAAGCUGGAGCAGAGAGAGAGUUCUCUGGUCUCGGCAACUGUCUGGUGAAGAUCUUCAGGUCAGACGGGCUGAAGGGACUCUACCAGGGCUUCAAUGUGUCUGUGCAGGGCAUUAUCAUCUACAGAGCGGCCUACUUUGGCAUCUACGACACUGCUAAGGGUAUGCUGCCUGACCCCAAGAACACCCACAUCAUUGUGAGCUGGAUGAUCGCUCAGACUGUGACUGCCGUUGCUGGUCUCACAUCUUACCCAUUCGACACAGUCCGUCGUCGCAUGAUGAUGCAGUCUGGCCGCAAAGGAGCUGACAUCAUGUACACCGGCACCAUUGACUGCUGGAGGAAGAUUGCACGGGAUGAGGGUGGCAAGGCCUUCUUCAAGGGCGCUUGGUCCAACGUUCUCAGAGGCAUGGGUGGCGCCUUCGUGCUAGUCCUGUACGACGAACUGAAGAAAUUCAUCUAAGCUACACACCUGUUUAUUUUUUUCUUUUCUUUUUUUAAUAACGUUCACCUUCAAACAAAAAACGAGAAAAAUGGAAAAAGUUGAAGCUGUUAAAACCUGUAACAUAAUGUAUUAUCAUUUAUUAUUAUUAUUAAUAUUAUUGUUAUUUGGCUGGACUUUUCUGCCUUAUUUGUGGGGCUCUACUAGUAGUACACUACUAGUUACAAAUGGAGAGAUGAUGUAUUUAAAAAGGCGUGCGCAAUUCUCUUCUUAUUCUGAGAUUUCCCCACCAACAUCAUUCCUGUUCAAGUUCAAAAACCCGGAACAUGUUCUUCCUGUUCUGCCACUGGGCUGUUUUUAAUCAUGACUUGAAUAAAUUCAACCUACUGAAUAAACCUACACAGCUUUUUGUGA